ACGUGCUUCCCGGGCCGCGCGAGUGAUUGGCUUGACUGGACGUGAAUGAUGCGGCUGUGAUUGCUGAAUUGUCUGGGCAGGUUUGGAAUCUCUGGGAAGCUCCCCUGACCUGUGCAUCCCUCUGGAGAGGAAGAGGAGGGGGAGGCCUGCUCUCUCUGGGAACCAGCGGUCACAUCCCCAUCAGGAGCCCAAAUGCCCAGCUCAGGCGUUGUCAACAUGGAGUUCUGAAGUCCAUGUGGCUCUUCACAGUGAAUCAGGUGUUAAGGAAAAUGCAGAGACGCCACAGCAGCAACACGGAUAACAUUCCACCUGAAAGAAACCGCAGCCAGGCGCUCAGCUCCGAGACGAGCGUGGAUGAAGGCGGCGUCUUUGAGAGUCUGAAGGCAGAAGCGGUGUCCCCGCCCGCGCUCUUCUCCGGCCUAACCGGCAGCCUUCCCGCCAGCUCCUUCCCGUCCAGCCUGGUGCUGGGGUCCUCGGCCGGCGGCGGGGACCUGUUCAUCCAGAUGCCCGCGUCCAGGGAGGAAAGCGGGGGCCGGGGCGAGGGGGGCGCCUACCACCACCGCCAGCCCCACCACCACUUCCACCACGGCGCCCACCGCGGGAGCUCCCUGCUGCAGCACGUGGGCAGCGACCACCGCGGCCACGCAGAGGAAGGGGGUGACGACCAGCCAGGGACACCGGCCCCUGCCCUGUCCGAGCUGAAGGCCGUCAUCUGCUGGCUCCAGAAAGGACUCCCCUUCAUCCUGAUCCUCUUGGCCAAAGUGUGCUUCCAGCAUAAGCUCGGCAUCGCCGUGUGCAUCGGGAUGGCCAGCACCUUUGCCUACGCCAACUCCACGCUCCGCGAACAGGUCUCUCUGAAGGAGAAGAGGUCGGUGCUGGUCCUCUUGUGGAUCUUGGCGUUUCUGGCAGGGAACACCCUGUAUGUGCUUCACACAUUCAGCUCCCAGCAGCUAUACAACAGCCUCAUAUUCCUGAAGCCCAAUCUGGAGACCCUGGACUUCUUCGACCUGCUGUGGAUCGUGGGCAUUGCAGACUUCGUGCUGAAGUACAUCACCAUUGCCCUCAAGUGCCUCGUCGUGGCCCUGCCGAAGAUCAUCCUGGCCGUCAAGUCCAAGGGAAAGUUCUAUCUGGUCAUCGAGGAGCUGAGCCAGCUGUUCCGCUCACUCGUCCCCAUCCAGCUGUGGUACAAGUACAUCAUGGGGGACGACUCCUCCAACAGCUACUUCCUGGGAGGGGUCCUGAUCGUCCUCUACAGCCUCUGCAAGUCAUUCGACAUCUGUGGUCGCGUGGGCGGAGUUAGGAAAGCCCUGAAGCUUCUCUGCACCUCUCAGAACUACGGAGUCCGAGCCACGGGGCAGCAGUGCACAGAAGCCGGCGACAUCUGUGCCAUCUGCCAGGCUGAGUUCCGAGAACCUCUCAUUCUCCUGUGCCAGCACGUGUUCUGUGAGGAGUGCCUCUGCCUGUGGCUGGACCGUGAGCGCACCUGCCCGCUCUGCCGCUCGGUCGCCGUGGACACCCUGCGCUGCUGGAAGGAUGGCGCCACGUCGGCACACUUCCAGGUGUACUAGGGUCGAACGCUGAGGACACCAGGGGGACGCCGGAGGGUCAG